UUGACAACCCAAAAUGCAAUCAUGGCGCACGGGGCACUGUGUUUGUAGAAUGCUGAGAAGUUUUUACGUAAACACUUCGCUAUAUUUCAUUGUGAUCCUAAAAACAGUUACAAUAAAUUAUCCGUGAUUUUUGAAUAUUAUAGCAAAGCAUACAUGUGUGUUCUAAACUUGGACUUUCCACCUGUUUGCGAUAUCGUCUCUGUACUACUAGACACUUGCAGAUAACUUUGUUGGUGUCAUAAUGUCAGAGGCGUACGCCCGUGAGAUACUACGAAGGAAUGUUGCGCAAAUAUGUCAAACUAUUGGAUGGAAUGGUAUAAACUCUACACCGCUCGAUAUUCUAGUUCAUGUUUUGGAAAAAUACAUGUGUACAUUGGGCACACAAGCUAAUAGAUAUGCUGAUCAAUUCAACAGAACGGAGCCAAAUUUACAUGACUUAGGGUUAGUGUUUCGUGACCUUCAUAUACAAUUACCGGAAUUAUCAGAAUACACCCACAGCGUACCACCUGUACCUCCACCUGUCAAAACAGAAAAGUUCCCAAAACCGAAAGAAUCUAACUUAAAUUUCUUGAAACCUGGCAGUCAUGAGGUGGUUACAAGGCCAAUGCAUGUCCAUGAACACUUGCCGCCAAUGUAUCCCGAGAAAGAACGGGAUACACCAGUUGUCGCGGGUACUGUUGAGAUCCGUCAAAAUGGCAUUGACAGUAUUGAAAGCAAUACAACAUGUACAAGCCCUGAAAUAUCUAUAACAGAUAGUCCAGAAAAACCGAAAGACAUUUUUAAGAGACCGAUUGACCCAAUAUCAUUACCAAAUAGUAAAAGGCCAAGGUUACGACUGGAGGAAGAAGAAAGAACAAGAGAAAUAAGUAGUGUUAUGAUGACAAUGUCUGGUUUUCUUUCCCCAGCAAGGGAAGGUAAACUUCCUGAAGCUCGACCCCCUACAAUUGUUUCUGAUAAACAUCAUGACAAACACAAAAUUAACUCUCAUCACUCAAAUCCAUUGAAAGCACCUGCUUUAGAAAAAGGUGACAAAAAGUCUAAGAAAAAUAAGUUAUUAAAUGGUAAGGUAAUGAAGAGUAAACGAAAAGAUAAGAGUCAUAAAGGUGAAAGUAGUAAAUCUAGGGAUACUAAUAAAUUGGACAGGUUACCCCCGGGGUAUCCAAUCAAAAGUAAAGAUGUACACCCAACUCAUCACAAUCAUAUAACAAUGCCAGCGCCAAGGCCUGCUCUGCCACCCCCAAAGCCUCCUUUGGCACCUCCACCAGCUCCAACUCCUGUAAUACCAGAACCUUUAAGGCCAGUUAUUAAGCAAGAACCGGUUGAUCCACCUUCACCAUCACCCAGAUCGGUUUCAACUAUACCCGGAGAAGAGGCAAUACCUGUUCCGAGGAAAAUACCAAUUUCUAGAUCUCCUCUUGUAUCAAAUUCUUUACCUGUGAAUAAACUUUCGACUUCCACACAUUCUCUUAUUCCAGAAGUAGAAAUUAAGAAGGAAGUUAUGGAUGAACAAGAAAAAUUGGCCUCACAGCCAGAUAGAUCAAAAAUUAAUAUUUUUAAAAGAAUAUCGAACAAAUCUAAAGAAGAUAAGAAUACUGCAGAAGUUGCAACUGAUAAAUCGUUAACACAGUCUGAUGCUAUGAUCUCAAGAUUGCAAAAUUCUACACAUGUAACAAGUGAAAAUAUUAGAGUGAAAAGUGAAGAAAGCCUUAUGAACAAUAACAAUAGUCCUGUAGAUUUGUCGAGAGAAAUAGAUAUUAGAUCACAUGAAGUAAUUGAUAUUGACGAUGAUUCAUUGGACACACAACCUGUUCCACAGUCUAGAGUUCCAAUGACGGAACCUAGACAAGGUGGACUAUCAAUUAAUAAGUCAUUGCAAUUACCGUAUUCCAAAGAAGUAGCUAAUGCCAGUCAAAAAUUAAAAAAGGAAAAGAAACAUAAAGAUAAAAAGGAUAAAGCAUCAAAAUUAGAAGCUAAAUUAAAGAAACAGCAACAGCAGUUAGCGUAUGAAAUGGUGCAAAUUGCUGAGAAAAAGAAAAUAAAAUUGACAAAUGAAAAGCCACCCAAAUCAAGUAGGCCAAAGAAUGAGUCAAAGCUUCCACAAAUGCCACCUGGUUUUCCGUUUUUCCCAACGAUGCCCCCAGGACGAGGCUUAAUGCCUGGUCCUGGCUUGAUACCAAAUCCUGGUUUGAUUCCUGGCAGUGAUUUUCUGGCUGGUUUAGCAAACAAUCCAGCUUUGAGGGGUUUACAGUCACCAAAUUUACUUGGUAAUCCAUUUGCGUUAGGAGGUCCUGGACCUGGACUUAUUCCUGGUUCAAGUUUCUUACCCGGCGGACUUGGUGCAGGCAUAUCAAACCAUCUAAUGCCAAUGGGAAAUUUCCCUCAUACAUCUCGGUCGUCAUCGUUAAAAAUUCCACCGAUGCUUCGACGCCCUAGUUUGGAGGUUAUACCCGUAGAAAACGAAGAAGAAAGAAUAAUGCGGAAGUCACCAAUGGGUCGUGAUAAAGAUCGACACGAUAAGCACAAAUCAUCUACCAUUCCAAACAUUUUACAGAAACCAAAAUCAAAAUCUAGUAAAGAUCACAAAUCAAGUAUAUACAAAAUGCCUCCUGUACAACCCGAUAUAACAAUUGAACUUAAUCCUCCUAAAACUGAACAAGUUCGAGCCGAACCAGCUAGAGAACCGCCACAACCCGCGCGAUUGCCGUCGCCUGAAGUAGAAGAAUCUCUACUAAAUCCAGAACCUACACCUAUACCCGAACCACAAGCUGUGAAGGCCAUACCCGAAGUAUCACAAGUAAAAGAACUUGAUAAUUUAGAAAAGAAAAAGGAGAAAUCACAUAAAAAAGAGAAACGUGAUAAAGAUGGUGUCAAAAUUAAAAAGAAAAAAGAUAAAAAGGAUAAAAAUAAGGAUAAGUCUGAAAAGAAAAAAGAUAAGGAGGAGCGACAAGAAAUAAAAGAAAAGUUAAAGAAAGAAAAAAAAGAUAAGAAAAAAGACAAGUCAGUUGCCGAUGGCUUAGUACCUAAAUUGACACUUAAAAUUGGUUCAUCUAACUCGAAUUCACCUAUGCCUCCUAGUUCACCUGAUAUUUUUAAAUUAAAUAUAAAGCCGGUUGUUAAAAAAGAAGAAAAUUCUUCCCCCAUUAAGGAUGAACCAGUAUCUCGUGAACACAGUCGAUCGCCAGAGUUAGCACAAAUAUCUGCAUUAGUAACCAGACCACCUAAACAAAAACAUUCUAAGCAUAAUCACUUGGCUGACCCAGAAGCGCAUUCAUCAUCACCUCCUUCUGGUUCCCCGCCGAGAAAAUAUCGUCCACCUUCAAAUAAUUCAAAGUUCAAGAGGAUACUGUUCAAACCUUUAAAAAAAGGACAGGUCGAAAGUUACGAAGAGGAAUCGGCCUCUAUAUCAGAGGAACCAGUGGAAACGGUACCGGCCCCGGCGCCUGCGCCUGCGCCUGUCGACAAACCUACUGGGCCAUUACCGACACCUUAUUAUGUAGACGAACACGGUAACAAAAUUUGGGUGUGUCCUGCGUGCGGAAGACCGGACAACGGAUCGCCCAUGAUCGGUUGUGACGGAUGCGAUGGUUGGUACCAUUGGAUUUGUGUGGGAAUUACGGAGGAACCGGGAGCAACGGAAGAUUGGUUCUGUAAAUCAUGUCGAGCCAAGAGAGCCGCGUUAGUGUUAGCCGGUGUUACCUCUGGCAAGAAGCGCGGUCGUAAACCAAAAGGAGAAAAAAUCAGAGACUGUCAUUGACCGUCGGACUUUUUGUUGUUAUUGAGAUUAGUUUUAAUGUUUCGUUCGAUAAACGAGAAUAAAUGGAUUGAGUAUAUUGUUAAUGGGUUAUUGUUGAAUGAUAUCAUACAGAUAUGUUUCAUCAUUUAUUAUAUAAUAAGCUAAAAUUAAGUAUAGAUAAUAAUUGAAUAUUGACAUAAAAUGUUGAACAGAGAAUAAUUUAGCUACAUGUAUUAAUAAUUACCAUAAUUUUAAUUAUUUUGUUAAUUUUUCUUAUUUCUCGUUCGCUCGGUUAGAUCAAGUUUAAUGAGAAUACGGACGUGUUGUACACAUCUCGUAUAUAAACAUAUAGGUAAUAUAAGAUUUUUUUUAUAUUGUACAAAAAUUGAAUUUACUUAAGAUAUGAUGGUGAUGUAUAAAGUAAUGUAGUAAAUAUUUAAAUAAACAGAAAAAAGGCUGGAUGUAUGUUCAGCUAAUAUUUGAAUAUUUUCAUAUUAUAAUUUUAAUAUAACCCCAUUUUUUUUUGUUGAAUUUGUUCCUUCUGGUCUAUGUACAGGGCUAGCACAAUCUCGCAUUCCUCUCGUAAGCGCAUCAUUAAAAUAUUGAACACGCAAAGCGCGAAGGUGCUCGUCUUAACACGUAAAAUUACAUGGAGACGGGAGGUAAAUGUAAAAACUUGAUUUCAGCCAGUGGCCAAUUAAAUAUAUUGGUACUUGAAAA